AUGACAGUCAUAAUAAAAAAGAAGAUCAACGAUCAAAUUCUCCUGGACCAACUCAACCUAUUCUAUGUAAUACCUUAAUAUUCAUUAUAAUCUUUGAUAGUCCAUCAAGCAUCUCAUCCAAAUCAAUAUUAGAAAGAGGGAAGGAUUUCAUACGAUGCACAUAGCUAGCCAUAAUACACAAAUCAUUAUUACAAUGAAAGAAGAGACCGCAAAGGACAUGAAAUCAAAAAGGGCAAUAAAAAGCAUCAUAUAACUUUCAAGGACUAAAUUCCAGUAAAGGACCCAAAUAACUCUAAUGUCCCUGAUGACAUCAUUUUCAGUAAAGGAGCUGACGAGGAUAAUUACAGUAGUUAUGAUGAUAGUUUCGAUGAAGCGGAAAAUGAAUAAUAGCACCAGAAUAAUUAUGAUGAUAGCAGAAGUAGCAAUCACAAUAAUCACGAAAAUCAUAAUGGGGCAAUAAAUAAUGGGCAUCCAGAUCCUAACUCCAAGGUCUCUGGCUACAACAAAAGAAAGCUAAAAAAGAAGCUAAGGCGAGAGCCUCUCCAUGAUAUCAUUUUCGUGGAAAGCUACAAAGAGUACAAUGCUAACAAUAGCAGUUGGUAUUAAAACUAAUGCUGCACAAUUUUUUGA